AUGCCGAUGCCGAGGCAGUCCUUCAACACUCACAACCACCAUCCAAUGCUGAGGCAAUCCUUCACCAUCCCCUACCACCACCACCACUAUCAUCUCCUCCUCUUUGUCCUGAUACUUCUAUCUUAUUUUUCUUUUUCUUCUACUGCAAACAAUGAGGUUGUUACGUUGUAUUCAUGGCUUCACAGCUCUCCCUCACCUUCUUCUUCAGCUUUCUCUAACUGGAAUUCUUCACACCCCAACCCUUGUAACUGGCCUUACAUAACUUGCUCUUCAGAAAACUUUGUUACUGAGAUCAAUAUCCAGUCUAUUGAGCUAGCUCUUCCCUUUCCUUCCAACCUUUCCUCCCUGCACUUCCUCCAAAAGCUCAUUGUUUCUGGUGCUAAUCUCACUGGGACAAUCCCUCCUGAUAUAGGAUAUUGCACUGAGCUUACAGUCAUUGAUGUUAGUUCAAAUAGUCUGGUGGGAACUAUACCUUCAAGUGUUGGCAAGCUCCAAAAUCUCAAGGACUUGAUUUUGAACUCUAACCAGCUUACUGGUCAAAUCCCAGCAGAGCUUGGUAAUUGCAUCAACCUUAAGAAUCUCAAUGUAUUUGAUAAUUAUUUAAGUGGGAAACUUCCUGUUGAACUAGGAAAACUGUCAAGUUUGGAAGUUAUUCGCGUGGGAGGGAACAAAGACGUUGCAGGAAAUAUCCCAGAUGAGCUUGGAGACUGUCAGAAUUUGAAGGUUCUUGGUCUUGCUGAUACUAAAAUAUCAGGCUCUAUUCCUGCUUCACUGGGUAAACUAAGCAUGCUUCAGACACUGUCAGUCUAUACUACAAUGCUCUCUGGUGAGAUUCCACCAAAUAUAUGCAACUGUUCAGAGCUUGUCAACUUAUUCCUUUAUGAGAAUGAUCUCUCAGGUUCACUUCCAGCAGAGUUAGGUAAGCUUCAGAAGCUGGAGAAGAUGUUGCUAUGGCAAAACAACUUUGUUGGCAGUAUUCCUGAGGAAAUUGGAAACUGCAAAAGCUUGAAGAUUAUUGACCUCGCCUUCAAUUCUUUAUCUGGGAGCAUACCUCGGUCUUUUGGAAACCUCUCAAACCUUGAAGAGCUUAUGCUUAGUAACAAUAACAUCUCUGGUUCAAUCCCAUCUGUUCUUUCAAAUGCUACAAACCUCUUGCAGUUACAGCUUGAUACUAAUCAGAUAUCAGGUCGGAUUCCUGCAGAGCUUGGGAUGUUGACAGCAAUAACGGUUUUAUUUGCGUGGCAGAACAAACUUGAAGGAAGCAUUCCACCAGCAUUGGCGGGUUGCCGGAGCCUUGAAGCCUUAGAUUUGUCCCACAAUGCACUCACUGGUAGCUUACCCCCUGGACUAUUUCAGCUUCAAAAUUUAACAAAGCUUCUCUUAAUUUAUAAUGACAUUUCGGGCUCAAUUCCUCCAGAGAUUGGUAAGUGCACUUCUCUUAUUAGGCUUAGACUAGAGAAUAAUAGAAUCAGUGGGUAUAUCCCAAAAGAAAUUGGGAUUCUCAACAACCUUACUUACCUUGACCUGUCUGAAAAUCAUCUUGCUGGAUCAGUACCAGAAGAGAUUGGCAAUUGUGCUGAACUGCAAAUGUUGAACCUAAGUAAUAACACCCUUGGAGGCACAUUGCCUAGCUCAUUGUCUGCCCUGAUCAGGCUUCAAGUAUUGGAUGUUUCUAUUAAUCAGUUUCUGGGGCAGAUUCCUGGGAGUUUUGGGAAGCUUACUUCACUGAACAAACUCAUCCUUAGUAGAAACUCACUCUCUGGAUCAAUACCUUCCUUGCUUGGUCGCUGUUCUGGUCUUCAGUUGCUUGAUCUAAGUAACAAUGCACUUUCUGGCACAAUCCCUGCAGAAAUAUUUGAAAUUGAAGCUCUUGACAUUGCUCUAAAUUUGAGUUCCAAUGAACUAUCUGGUGUAAUCCCAUCACAAAUUUCUGCUCUCAACAAGCUCUCCAUACUAGACCUUUCGCACAAUAAGCUUGAAGGUGACUUGAUGGUACUAUCUGGGCUCAUAAAUCUUGUUUCUCUGAACAUUUCUUACAAUAAUUUCACCGGUUAUCUUCCUGACAGCAAGCUAUUUAGACAGUUAUCAGCAACGGAGUUGGCAGGGAACCAAGGAUUGUGUUCUAGGGGCCAUGAUGCAUGUUUCCUUAGCAAUGCUACUAGUAUGACAAACAGCAGUGGUUUUAGGAGGUCACAGAGUCUAAGAUUAGCCAUUGGGUUGCUAAUUUCCUUGACCAUUGCAUUGGCAAUAUUCGGGGCUAUUGCAAUUUUUGGAGCACGGAAGAUUAUUAGAGACGACAACGAUUCUGAGAUGGGAGGGGAUUCAUGGCCUUGGAAGUUCACUCCAUUCCAGAAAUUAAACUUCUCAGUUGAGCAAGUUUUGAAGUGUCUAGUUGAAUCUAAUGUAAUUGGAAAGGGAUGUUCAGGAAUUGUUUAUCGGGCAGAAAUGGAAAAUGGGGAAGUCAUUGCAGUAAAGAAGCUGUGGCCAACGACAAUGGCUGCUGGAUAUAACUGCCAAAAUGUGAGGACAGGAAUCAAUGGAGUGGUUCGUGAUUCCUUUUCAGCUGAAGUAAAAACGCUUGGCACAAUCCGGCACAAGAACAUUGUAAGAUUCUUGGGUUGCUGUUGGAAUCAAAACAUGAGAUUGCUAAUGUAUGAUUAUAUGCCCAAUGGGAGCUUGGGCAGUCUUCUUCAUGAACGAAGCGGUAACUGCUUGGAAUGGAACCUGAGAUAUCAGAUUGUAUUGGGGGCAGCUCAAGGUUUGGCUUAUUUACACCAUGACUGUGUUCCUUCCAUUGUUCACAGGGACAUUAAGGCCAACAACAUUCUCAUUGGUCCUGAAUUUGAACCUUAUAUUGGUGAUUUUGGGCUUGCCAAGCUUGUUGAUGAUGGAGAUUUUGCUCGGUCUUCCAACACUGUUGCUGGUUCCUACGGUUACAUUGCUCCUGAGUAUGGGUACAUGAUGAAGAUAACAGAGAAGAGUGAUGUCUAUAGCUAUGGUGUUGUUGUUUUAGAAGUGUUAACAGGGAAGCAACCAAUUGAUCCAACCAUACCAGAUGGUCUUCACAUUGUAGAUUGGGUAAGGCAGAGGAGGGGGGGAGUUCAAGUGCUAGAUCCUAGCUUAUGUGCUCAACCAGAAUCGGAAAUUGAGGAAAUGUUGCAGACCUUAGGUGUGGCUUUGCUGUGUGUAAAUCCUUCCCCAGAUGAUAGGCCAACCAUGAAAGAUGUAGCAGCAAUGCUCAAAGAGAUAAGGCAAGAGAGGGAGGAGUGCAUGAAAGUUGAUACAAUUCUUAAUGGAUCUUCUGCAAGUGAGAAACAAGAAAACAACAGGUCCGGUCGCGGUGGAGGUCCAUCUGCAAAUGCAAUGAUGCCACAUUCAUACCUCCAAAGCAACAACACAAGCUUUUCUGCUUCCUCAUUGCUAUAUUCUUCUUCCUCCAAUGUUAAAACUACUUUCAAAUAG